AUGAAAGGUAAUGAAGUUGAUAGUGAUGAUGAUGAGAGAUUCAAAUGGAUAAAUAAUAAUGAAAAUAAAGAUUUUUAUAGAGUGGAUUUAAACGAUGCAUAUGAAGACUUAUGUAAUAAUAAAAUUGAUGUAAUCAAGACAUUAUGGCCGAGCGAAGUAUAUAAAGAGUUCAUGGCAGCUGUCACACAACAUCGUCUUUCAGAUGCAGCUGCUGAUUCUAUGUUACGCAUAAUUCGAAAAUAUUGUACCGAACCUCUUCCUGGCUUCACUCGAAAAGGUAGAAUGUAUAUGGAUCAAAUGAAUAUUAAAGAUUUUAAUAUAAAAAUGAAAGAUAUGGUUGAGUUUGAAGGAAAAAUUUACAAACUUCAAUAUCGACCAAUUAUUGAUGCUAUUAAAAUUCGUGUUUACUCUGAACAGAAUAGUGCAAAUUGGUGGCGUGAAAGACAGAAUUCAUUUAGUAAGAUUUUAGCGAUCAUGAUCUAUAUUGAUGGCACAACACUUGAUUCUUUAGGAAGACAAUCGGAAUAUCCAAUCUUUUUAACUCUGGGUAAUAUUCCAAACUGGCGUCGGAAUUCUCCUGAUGCUAAAGUUUUAGUUGGUUUUCUUCCAUAUUUAAUUACUCGUUAUAAUAAAUUAAAAGGGUCCACAAUAUUUAGACAGAUGCAACGAAAGCUAGAACAGCUUUCUUUUGAAUAUUUAUUAAGUCCACUACUUCAAAAAAAUGGCAUCUACUUAGCAAUAAAUGGAAGAAUUGAACAUUUUACUCUGCACUUAUCUGCUAUACUUGCAGACAUGUCAGAAGCACAAAAUAUUUGUUGUACGUAUAAAUCAUAUCGUACACAAUGUCCUUGCUAUAAAUGUCUUACACCUGGUGAUCAAUUAAAUAAUAUGAAUAUUGAACAAAACUCCAUUGUUUUACGUGAUAAUAAUAAUAUGCGCGAAGCUAUUCUUUCAAAUAAUGCUACUGAAUGUUCUAUUUAUGAAUAUAAUAAUUUUUUUUGGAAAUUUCAGACAAAUAUUUAUGAUGCGACAGCUAUGGAUCGUAUGCAUCUUCAGGAAAUAGGUUUAUGUCCAUAUAUGCUUGAUUACAUCGGGAAAAUUUUUAGGGGUUAUAUGUCAAUGAAAAGAUCACGUGAUAAACAUCGAUAA